AUGUGUUUACCGAACUCCAGCACAGUAUGGUUGGACGUGGAGUCCAGGCUGGAUAGCCUCUUUGAAAGAUUCUGGCAGCGGUUGGAAAGCAGACAACUCCACCAUGCACCAUUGAAGCCAAAGGACCUCCCACAAGACCUGCAGGCUCCAGAUCGCCACCGUGAAUCACUCUUACCAGUGAAGAAAGCCCAAGUACGGUGGAGGUGCAGGCAACACAAGCAGUGGAGCUCACCAAAACUGAAAGGGGCACAUAUGCUGAAGACCGCUCAGACCAAGCCCAAGCACAGGGACAAGCCUGAAAAGCAGCGGAGAACCCGGUUCCUGAUGUAUGUCCUGAUCAGCCGACAUUCAUACCGCACCAAACGCCUGAAGCAUUCCUUUGGGGAACUGGACAGUGCUCUGCCAACUAAAGGCAUAGGGUGA